AUGAGCUGUAUAGAAAUAAUUUCAGACUUUUUAAAAACUCAAGAACCAUAUUUGAAUGGCAUUUGGAAUGAGUUUGAUGAGAAAAUUCAGAAACUGACAAAUAAACUUUCGAUUCAUGAUUGCAAUGAAGACGAGGAAAUUCCAAUUCAAAUAAUUCCGAUUCAGUCGAAAGCGAUUGAAUCAAACGAUCAGGAACAUGAUUUUGAAUUGCUUGGGAGAACUUUUUCAGAACAGAAUGAAAUUUUGUGUAAACGUUUGGAAAACUAUCAGCAAACUAAAACAAUAAACCGAAAAAUUAUCGCGACGCUUCUUGAGGAACUUUCUAAAUAUCAAUUAAAUUCAAAUGAAGAAAUUGAAGGCGAAGUGCUUGAAUAUGUUGUGAAAACUCGUGAAAUGAGAUUUCAAUUCAUUGAAAGACAAUUAAAUGCUGAAGUUAAACGGCUCGAGAAAGCAUUUGUCGAAGAAUGGAAGAGACUUUCAAACUCAAGAAGAAAUUUCGAAGCACUCGAUUUAAAACUCAGAACGAUAAUUCAUCCACAAAUUGUUUUAACGUUUUCUGAUAAUUUUGAUAAAAUGAAUGAAUUGAAUAAAAAGAAGCAAGAAAUUUUUAAACUUUCUCAAGCACAAAAGAAUCAAGAAGCAAUUGAUGAUGACUUGGAGGAUGAGUUUCAAGAGUUGCAAGUUGAAUUUAAAAAUAUUUCGAGUGAUAUUGAUAAUACAGAGAAAGAUUUAAAAAAGCUUAAGAGGAAAAUCAUCAAAACUCAACUAAAACUUCAAAGAGAGAAAAAAGAAUUUAGAAAUCAACUCAUCGACCAACUUCAAGACAAAAUGGUCUUUGAGACAUGCAAUGAAAUUUAUGAAAAUAAUUUGACGUUCAAUCUUAACCUCGAUACCAAAUCUGGAUAUGAAAAAGUCUCAGCAAAUGAUUGCAUCAUUGAAGGAUUGAAGGAAGAAAUUUGUGAAACUGUCAACAAAAUUCGAAAUGCAAAAUUUAAGAUUCUCAAAUUGAAAAGCGAUAUCGUCCAUUUAUUAGAUAAAGAUGAUGGAACUACCGUUGGUUAUGAUUACAUGGGAAGUAAUUUUAUUUCAAUUCUGCAAUCAAAAAAAUGUUAA